CCACUGACAAACAAGAUGGCUGCCCACUGUCCGCCGACUGCAUUUGUAUUUACGCUCGCCGCUUUAAGAUGUAAACGAGAAAAGACGAGCGCCAUAAACACUACCGAAUAGAUAAUCAGUUUUCUACUUAAUCCAUAUAUCGGCACCCUUUCUCCGUUUUUUUCCCUUGAGGUUGUCUGUGGCUGACAGGCUGUUGUUAUUUUCGUUUCCGCUAAGCUGUCGAGCCAGGUGAGCCGAACCCGUGGGGCAAAGAGCAUUUAGGACCAUUUCCACGUCUCGGCCGGUCGCUAUGUUCAUUCCGGUAAAGUCGUCUUACUUCCGAGUCAGUCCGGCCAUCGUCAACAGAGAACUGGGCAAGACCAAGAUGAGAUAGCGAGAGGCAGCCUGGCGCGUUUACCGAGCAACAUAAAAGGCAGUGAAACGUGAUGUUUGGGAAUCUUUUUGAGGAGGAUGGCGAAGAGGGAGAAGGGGGAGAAGGGGGCUACUCCAACUCCGGAGCGGGGAGAGUUGCCAAAGCGGGCGACGAGCCUCCGCCUCCCCGAGGAAAAAGCAAACUUUGCGGGAUUCUGAACCAAGGAGGGACGUGCUACCUCAAUUCCCUGCUCCAGACCCUCCUGUUCACCCCCGAGUUCAGAGAUGAGCUGUUCGCAUUGGGGACCGAUGAAUUAGGAUGUCUUGAAGAUAAAGACAAACCGGGGGCCAAAGUCCGCGUCAUCCCUCUGGAACUCCAGAGACUCUUCGCUCGUCUUCUGCUGGUGAACCAGCAGAGCGCCUCCACGGCCGCCCUCACUGAGAGCUUUGGCUGGAACAGCAGCCAGGGAACAAACCAGCACGACGUGCAGGAACUGAACCGGAUUCUGUUCAGCGCUCUGGAAAAUUCCCUGCUGGGCACCUCCGGCAGCACGCUCAUCCGCCGGCUGUACCACGGCACCAUCGUCAACAGCAUCUCCUGCAAGGAGUGCGGCAACGUCAGCCAGCGGCAGGAGGACUUCCUGGACCUGACGGUGUGCGUCUGCGGCCUUUCCAGCCUUGAGGAGGCUUUGCGGAACAUGUUUGUGGAGGAGGAAUUGUUCGAAGGAAAUAAUCUGUAUCGUUGCGGCGUGUGUGGCAGACUGGUCACAGCUGGAAAGUCUGCCAAGUUGAGGAAGCUCCCCCCGUUCCUGACCAUAUCCUUGCUGAGAUUCAGCUUUGACUUUGCUAAGUGUGAGCGCUACAAGGAGACGGGCCACUACAGCUUCCCCCUGACAAUCAACCUGCGGCCAUUUUGUGAGCAGACAGGCGGAGGUGACGCCGACUACCACUACGAGCUGUUCUCCGUGAUCAUUCACAAAGGCGGCUGCUACGGCGGCCAUUACCACGUUUACAUCAGAGACAUCGAAUGCCUCGGCUGCUGGGAGCCGCCGGAGGACGACGACGACGACGACAACAACAGAAGGAAACCUCCAAAGGCAGAGCAGCAACUCAAUGAAAAUGACCCUUUGGGUGUCCUCACUGCCAUUAUUGACCAGGAGCCAUCAAAGAAUGUCCGAUUGGACCAGCUGGGCCAGAAACUCAUGGAGAAGAUCGGUUCCUCCUGGAGUAAAACUUUUAAAAAAGACCAUGGCCCCAUUGUCAAGUUCCUGAAGUCCCACAGUGAUGUUUUCACGUUGGCGCCCAACUGCACCCACGUGGCUUUGAAGGCAGAACCGCCUGGCCCGGUGAGUGAGCACCCCGCAACUGCAGGCCUAGAAGGGGACACUUUUUCUCAGCAGGAGCGGCAACAAGAGGGUAGCCACUGGUUUGACCUGAACGACUCCACCGUGACCUCCAUCAGGGAGUCGGACAUAAAGAAGCAGUUCCAGGGCAAAGAAAGUGCCUACAUGUUGUUCUACAGGAAGAGGCAGCUGCAGCGGCCCACCGAAGCGCUGCGCAGUUCUCACUAUAAAGUUCCUCAUCAUCUCAUCCAGAUGGCUCGGGAGGAGAACCACAAUCUGCAGCAGAUGCGGGAGGAGUACGAGGCCAGAAACAACCUGGUAGAGCUGCGCCUCCACCUGGCGUCCUCUUACAGGCUGGUAAACGGAGCCCUGCAGUCCAUCAGCAAAGAGUCCAGUGCCGGCACCCCGCUCAUUUUUGACUGCAGAAAGACGGUUGGAGACCUGCGAUUAGCUAUUUAUCAGAAAGAGGAACAAUGGGAUGGAGACAUUGCUCUGACCUUGGCCAAGAUGCUUCCAGCCGGCCUCCACCUGUACGACACGCUCGCAGAUGACGCCGUGUCACUCCUCGGUGCAGGCGUUACGACGAACCCCGACAUUUUUGUUUGGAACGGGCGAGAGAUAUCCGGCGCGAGUGUCCUAACCGGAGCCGAGUGGGAGCCGGUUCUGCUCACCGUCGUCCGACCCAGCCUGGAGGGCGCGGCGUCGAAAGAGGCCGGCGAGAACGUCGGCAGCGGGGGGCUCAAAAAGGAGGCCGUUGCGUUCGCGAGCGCCGCUACCCUCAACGACGUGCAGGAAACCCUGGGGGAGCCCGCCGGGAGUCUGCUGUGUCAGGAGCGGGCGGGGGGGAAAGGAGGAGCGCGCGGGGCGGGCCAGGGUCCCGGCGCCAGCGCGUGGAGAGCGUUUCCGUCCGACGACAUGUCCCGGACCCUCAAGGAGCUGUCGCUCAAAGAUGGAGACGCCCUGCUGGUGCUGGAACCGCAGUCUCUUGAUAGCGGAAUGUUCACCUUAAAUGGAGACGUGAUCACCGUGCUGACGCCGUCCGACUGUCGCUGGCUCCAGGUGCAGUUUCAACCGUACGGUUGCAGCCUCGCAGGGGGCAACGGGGCGGAGGGCCGGAAAGUCAGAGUCCCUGCUGCGGGGGACACGGUGCUGCGCGAGGUGAAAGAGAGGGCCAUCAACGAGCUGCGACUCCCAGGUGCAGAAUACUGCCUGAGAUCUGUGGACGGCACAGGGAAACUCCUUCCUCCAGUGUGCGAGGACCUGUGCGUGCGAGAGGCCGGCGUGCGGCUCACGACCACCGUGGUGCUUUGUCCGGGCCGGGCCCCUGAGGCGUCGCAGCUUUUCCUGCACUUUGCUGUGGGUGCAGCGCCACCUGCUGGAAUCGAGAUGGACAUUAACAUCGAGAAGAGCAGCACUGUUAAAGAGUGCCUGCAGGCAAUGCUGAGUGCUAUCGGAAUUGAAGGCAGUUGUUGGCAUUUGCGAAGACUCGACUGGUGCGAGGAGGUGGGAGAAGCGCUGGGGGACGAGGAUGCAUCUCUUUCCGAGAUGAAUGUAACCAGUGGCGAUACGCUCAUCGUCUCAGAAGGACGAAUUCCUCCAAAGGGAUUUCUAGAGAUGUCCGUAUGGAUGCGUCUGGAUCCCGUCUCCAUGGCAACCAACGUGAAUCACAAUGACAACGGCCACGCCGGGGAGCAGGCGGGAGAGGCCGACGCCGCAUCUCAAGCUAAUUCUCACCCACCGGAGCUCAGAAGGGUCGGUCAGGUGGAGAUUUCGGUGGAAGUCAGCCUGGAGGACCUCAAGACUCAGGUGUUGACGCUUCCGGCUUUCAAGUACGAGCGACGGCCCGCCGCCUUCCUGCGCGUGUGGAAGAUGGAGGCACGCAAGCCGGUUCGCAUCCUCAGAGGAAACCAAGACCCACUCAGGAAACUCAAUAUUACCAGCGGCACAGAUAUUUGUGUACAGCUGCUGCCCAAAGAGGAAGAUCUUGGCCCCAAGGAGAUAGCGCUGAGUGUUCGGAUGGGAGUACCGGGGAAGCGGCGCUACUGGCCGCCGCAGGAGCUGAUUUGGGACGCGUCGCGGGACUCGACGGCCGCCGGCUUGCGGGGCGCCGUGGCCCAGUUCUACGGCUUGGCCGCGGGCUCGGUCGUGCUGGCCAAGUAUCAGCCGCACAAACAAGUUUGGGAGGAACUCUGCUGGAGUAGGCAGCUGUCUAAGAGGAAAAAGAGGUCAAAAGCAGAUUCAUUAUUAGGAGCACCGUUUCAUCUCAAAGAUGGUGAUGUGAUCGGCGUCAAGAACGUUUUGAUUGACAACAAGGACUUCAACACUCAGGAGCACGUCGAAGGCCAGGCAGAGCGACAAAAGAAAGGAGAAAGCACUGGAGCCUCAAACUGCACCAGAUCGCAAAACAAGGCGGCCAAGAAGCCAGAGGUGGCGCUGUCGAUCAACGUCGGCAUCUUCAGUAACAAUGGCCUCUAGCGCACAACGGACACGUCUGCUUUAUUACUCCGACUCCAAAUCCACACACAUUGAGAGGAAAUGAGGUGCCAUGUUGCAUUUAGGACAAUCCUCGAACAAGAACCAAAUACAUCAGGGUUUAUGGACUAGCUUCUUAAUCGGUUUUACCGUCUAAUAUCGCCUCGAUCAGUGCCAAGAAUUCACACGUGGCAGUUGAUUAUUUUCUUAUGCCGAUCAAUAAUAUGAUCAGUACAUUUUUACUUGUGUAUUUUCCUCACAUGAACAGAUUUAACUGUACGAACGCAUACUCUCAACAAUAAAGUUAUACAUUCACUUGUCA